GCAGUUCUGUGGCGUCUUCGACGCGCUGGUGGCGGACAGCGAGGGUCAUGCUCGCUUGGCACGGGGCGAUGUCAUGCUGGAUACUCUCAAGGCGGUGCCCAUGAAGAAAUGGAAGCACUUCGUGGGUUCCCUGGCCUUGGACCAACGCACUGAGUUCGACAAGGGCGAUAUUGGUCUCCCCGGAGGUGUGAAAGUCGCGGAGCCUGCUGGUGCGAAUCCACAGACCAAGGACCAAAUCAUCCGCUUCGGAGGAUACACCGAUCCUUCUCUUCCCUGGCCUGAGAAGAAGAGCAGCGAUGAGGAUAGUACGAAAAAGAUGAUCCAGAAGACGAUUCAGAGGUCUUUAAAGAAGCUCCUGGGGAAGAAGGGCAUGGGAAGCGAGAGUGAUUUUACCACGAGGAGCAGUCAUCAGACGAGCAGCAGCCUCAGUGACAAGGGCAACGCCCAAUGACCUGGUGCCUUCCACGUUCAGAUUUCUGCAGGGUUGCACCGACAUGAAUUCGGAGAGAAGUCUGACAUGCAGGCCUAAAUCGAAGAAACUCAC